AUGGCUCAAGUUCAAGUCCAAACUCCGACACCUCCCGCCCCACUACGUAGAGAUCCAGGAUUGGGGAAAUACUUCGAAUAUGAUCUGAGCAAGCUACAUAAUUCCAGAGGAGGGUUUUUGACGGAAGAGGAUUUGGAAGGUGAUAGGAUCAAGAGUGUGGUGGAACUUGCUAGGGAGAGAGAAAGGGAGAGGAGGAAGAUGAGGGAAGGUGAGGAGCCUGCAAUCCUCAUUGAUAAGUCUCCUAGAUGUGUAGAGUGUAAUACAUUGGAGAUUGACAAUCAAUUUGACAAGGUUUUUCACAUCAGAGUUUGUAAAUCUUGCAAGGAAAAACACCCCGAGAAAUAUUCCCUUUUGACGAAAACAGAGUGUAAAGAGGACUACCUCCUCACCGAUCCAGAACUGAAAGAUGAAGACCUUCUACCACAUCUCUUACGACCCAAUCCACACGCUUCAACAUAUAGCAACAUGAUGCUUUUUCUCCGUCAACAAGUCGAGAAAGUUGCAUGGGAUAAAUGGGGUGGUGAAGAAGGUUUAGAUAAAGAAUGGGAAAGAAGAGAAAGUAUGAAAAAGCGAAAACGUGAAGAAAAGUUUGAACAAGGUUUGAGAGAUUUAAGGAAGCGGACACGUAAUAAUGCUUUUCAAAGACAACAAGAAGCUGAACAUGUACAUCAUUUUGAAGAUGUUGAAACUAUCCAAGGAGAUGAUGGAACGAUGGCUUUACAAAAAUGUUUCGGUUGUGGGGCUGAACAGGAGGUUGAGGUUUUUUGA